ACCAAAACAAGUGUGGCUUGCAUUCAGUGGCACACGGGGGCCGGUGGUGACAAGACCUGGGCGCGCUGUUCGCCAGCCUGACCGGAACUCGCCAGAACAACCAUGCGAUGCUUGCCUUUGUUACGGCUCGUGCCUCUAAUGUUACAAGCGCUGCUGUGGAUUGCUGACUUGCAGGUGUCGUCAGUUGCCUCCCCACUGCACGACUUCGGGAGACAUGUGGAAGAAGAGAUGGAGGAUAGUGACAACACCAGCCGCCGAUACAUCCGCAACUACCAGCUAUACUCCAGAAGUAGCCGUAAGCACCUGCAGAUAUUCGGCAAGAGGGUCGACGCGCUAGGGGAGGACGGCUCAGAAAACGCUGAAGUUAUUGUCGAGACGGACACGUUUGGAAGUCGCGUGAGAAUCAAGGGUGCAUCAUCGGGAUUUUAUCUAUGCAUGAACGCCCGAGGAAAACUGAUAGGAAAGAGACGAGGGAAGUCGCGAACGUGCUUGUGGAAAGAACUUAUUGACGAGAAUAAAUGGACGGCUUUUGAGUCCGUGGAAUUCCCCGGAUGGAAUGUUGCAUUUAACCGCAGAGGAAGACCGAGAAAGGCGCCGAUGAUAAAGCGGGGAAAGGAAACUCAAUUUAUGAAAAGGCUUCUGCCGAGAGACAAAGUAAAACUGACCAACAAACCCGAGUUCGACUUUUCUCACUUGACGACACAAAUGCACCACAGGAGAAGACACUCGCAGCACACGACUUUCUACCAGUAACGCUCGGGACCUUGCAGCACGUGGGUAGACUAUUUUUUUACGAAGUCUAGAAGAGUUUGACUAUAUUUUUGUACUAUGCCGAGAUGUAGACACAAACAUCACAGCGUGACAAUUGCUUCUGUGUAUUGCCAGCUGGUUGGACAAAAAAACAGUAUUUGCCAUUCAACAGGUUGCUAAGAAAACAGAGGUACGGCCAAUAUCAACUAACUCAAGAGGGAACAAACCCCAGCGACCUCACACAAGCAGUUUCCCCCUAAGCUAUGUAUCAUGUUAAUGUGGGGACUAAUGUAAGUCCAACCUAACUGUUAGAUCCCACAGUUACAACCCAUUAUCCUCAUGUUCUCUGACAGCUUUAAAAUAUUGGCACAAUCUCCAAAUGGUUUUACCCGCUAAAACGUGACUACAAGAAGAUUAUCUCCCCCUAAUCUCCAAUACACCCAUUGCCAAUAAACAGACAGAAAUACAGAAAAGCUUUGUCCUGUCUCCCAAAAGAUGGGAAAACUGUAUGCAUGCAUGCAACUGGGUGGUCUGAUACUAUGAAUGCCCCUUAAAUGCACCCUAAGGGUCUUGGGCUGGAAAUUUUGAUAAAUUACCCCAGAUGUGCCAGUAGGCAUCCUGACAGGGCCAGGUAGAGUCUCGUUGAACCAUAGCGAUGUUUUUACUUCGAAUCUUCAUUCACCUGUUCACUGAGCACGUUUUGUAAACUUGAAAAAACACAAUGGACGAUUUAAUGCUACCUUUUUAUGCAAAAUACCUAUUCUGUCAUCAUUGGCUGUCAAAUAUGAAGACAUCAUUGGCAUUGAGAAUAUUGAUUACAAACAGAAAUACAGUUAUACAAAGGGAGGGGGUAUAAUGCGAGGGUUUGUUGAUUUGGCCGUAUCACUGUUUAUUGUACUAGAGAUAAUACAUCGAUCACAUGUGUGCACAGGACUCUCUGCUAGUGUGUACAAGCACAAACGUUGUCGAGUCAGAAGACAGGUAGUUCUGUUGACUUCUCCUGUAGCAAUAGCCCCCAGCGAAGACGAUCUAUUUGCCUCUUUAAGAAUUAAUUUAUAAUUAUGUCAAAAUAUAUUUAUUUUACAUAUCUGUAUCAAAAUACAGUGAAAAUGUGUAUAUAUAUGUCAUAUCAUGUGUAUUUGACACUUAUCGAGAAUUUGAGAUGUUAAAUAUCGUGUAUGGUAAUGCAUAGUUCGUUUAAGCGUUUUUCCUACCUUGUUUUUAAAUACAAAGAAUUGUGUUCGUGAACAUUUGGACAUGGUUUGAGUUUUGUAUGUGUGUGAUAGAUAGAUAGAUAUAUUGUCGUGUUAAAACAGACAACGUGAGCAAAACAGGGUAUGUCUGGGUAUGGGAAACAUGUCACCUCUGUGCGGAUGAUCCCGGGUCAGUCGCAUACUUAAUCUCGCUAACUAUGUCGGAAUGUAUCGCACAGGUCCCGACGACUACCCUUCUUUCCGCUUUCCCACGAAACCACACCAUAAACAUGUUCUCCCAGCAGUUCUACCCAGCGUUUCCCAACCAUUACAGAACUAGCAAUAAUCCGCCAAGAAUCUGCUCAUGUUUUCGCCCAAACUGUACACGAUGGCACUGUAAGAAAAAAAACAACAACAAAAGGAUUCAUCUAUUAUCUACGACCCAUCUCAAUUUAUGUAUCUCCUCUUUUCUCUUAUUGUGAAAUGGACUGAUUUACCUGUGCAAAAACACAGUGUUAUUCGGCUUAGCGAAGUACGUUUUGAAUGGGAGGAGGGGACCUGCUUGUAACCCAACGCACAGAACAAUAAAUGAUAUGUGCUUAAAAUAAAUAGGAGUAGAUACAAACCGGUACACAAAGGAAUCAAUACAAAAUGACUAUUUACAUGUCAGACAGAGUGUACUGUUUCUAUGCUUGAAUGGACCUGGAGUGUUUGGUGUCCACUGUCCUACAAGUCGACUUUUCUUACUGUAAAAU